AUGUCUUUCUCUCCAUUUCAGAAUGCUGCCGGCGGCAUGGCAGGUUCCUCGACCUCGGCGGGAAAUGUUCAGAAUGGACCUGAUUUAGAGGAUAUAUUGACAUCGGGCUUAGGCUUCAAGGCACUCAAGAACGAACUACUCAAGACCGAUGUGAAAGUACAAUUGCUUCCGACACCAUGGCCUGCCGACCAGUUACCACCUGCGACCUCUUCGCUGCUAAGCGUGGCUUCGAAAAAAGGCCUCGUUGCUGCUGCUGGACCCGAUUCCCUCAUAGUUGCAUAUACGAAGACACUUCGACAGACCUUCAAUGCGACUGAGGAGGAAAUACGAUCUAACGCGAACAAUAUUCGCCCUUUCCAACCAGAGCUGCGCCUACCUAUGUCGAUGAGGAUUUCGCAGGUAGCUUUUUCUGCAGAUGAAUCCUACCUGGUACUUUCGGCGGAGAAUGGAGGAGGCAUGGCGGUUUACGAAGUUCAAGCUGUAUUGGGUGGUGCUACACAACCCGCCUUUGAGAUCUCCACGAACGGACAACCAAUACGAGCGCUUAUACCAAAUCCAACACAAGGGGAGCUAUUUGCUGUGGUUCUUGCAAAUGGCAGUCUGUUAAUGGCAAACUUAAACGAAAGAAGCUUUGUCCAAGGCGGAAACGGCCAGGUAUUGAAGGAUACAGUUAGUUGUGUCUCAUGGAGCUCCAAGGGAAAACAGUUAGUAGCUGGACUAGCAAAUGGUACUGCUUAUCAAAUGAAGCCAGACGGAACGGGAGUUGGAGACAUUCCAAGGCCACCUGCUGUGGACGAAAGCAAUUAUGUUUCUUCAAUAACGUGGCUGGAGAAUAAUGUUUUCAUGAUGAUCCAUACUCCACAAACCGGGCAAAAUGGAAUGGCCCCCGAAUCCUCCUACCAUCUGGUUACAAGAGCUCCAGGGCCACCCCCGAGCUACAUGUUCCAAAAAUUAUCUGACCCAGCUGGCCCCUUUUCCAGUGUCGAGCGCGGAUCCCCACACCAAUUCAUCUUGAGACUACGCAAUUUCCCACCGAACUUAGAAGAUCUACUCAUUAUCGCUUCGACCGCAUCCACAGAUAUUGGUUUGUUCAGCAAAUGCAAAACUCCCUUGUCUAGCGACAAACCAGCGGAAAAAAUCACCGGGGUCUUCACGAUGACCGAGAUGAACGAUGACUCCCGACGAGCUACUCUCCCUAUAAGCUCAGACAACAAUGAUACUUCCCCCAUUGGAAUGGCUGUAGACUUGUCCAGCACCCAGACUGUCUGGAAGCCAAUUCCAACCGACGAUGAGAACGACGAAUCAGCAGGGCCCGUUCCUGGACUAAUGUGCUUGAACCAUGAAGGUGUUCUUAAAUAUUGGUCAAUUAUCUAUUCGGAGUCAAUACAGCAACGUACAACCUACCCAGGACUUGGUGACACUCCUGCCGUAGCUGUCCAGGCGUCACCCGCCCCCGUACAAAGCGCUUCUCCGUCAGCGUUUGGUGGGAAGUCGACGUUUGGACAGGCAACAGGUGGUGGGGCAGUUAAACCAUCUUUUGGGGCCACAGGUAGUGCUUUUGGAAAUGCAUCCGGGAUAGGACAAAAAGCAUCAGUUUGGGGCACGCCGAGCACCCCGGCUACCUCAUCUACAAACGCGCCAGCCUUUGGAGCACCAGCAUUUGGAAGCUCUUCGGCACUUGGUGGAGGUAGCUCAUUCGGCAAGCCAUCGUUUGGUUCACCCAGUACUCCAGCAGCUUUCGGUUCUGCCAAUAUGCCCGGGCAGAAAGCUUCGCCUUGGGGUGCGGCUGCUCCAAGUACAACGUUUGGUCAAGCUGGGGGAGCAAAACCAGCUUCCCCUUUCGGGACUGCUUCCCCGACAGUGAACGCGCCUCCUACCUCUGGAGGGUUCGCAAAUUUUGCAAGCAAAGGUGGAUUCACUGCCGCGAACAAUCUUCAAAAUGCGACUGGGAGUGUGUUUGGGAAGUCAGCGGCGCCCAGCCCAUUUGGGGCUGCUGGUAGCUCUACAUCAUUCGGCUCUGUACCUCAAAACGAUAACAAACCUGCUGCUGGGAUUUUUGGCGCCCCGUCCGACAACAAACCAGCUACUGGUCUAUUUGGUGCUCCAUCCGAACAGAAACCUAAUAGCGGUUUGUUCGGUGGGCCUAGUCCUGCAACCUUUGGCAACCCAGCACCAACGUCAUUCGGAAGUAGCAUUCCAAGUGGUGCUCCAGCGUCUGCGAGUCCAUUUGGUAGUGCUGGCUUCAGUCUUGGCACUACCUUCAAGAAGGACGUGUCGGUGAAAGAUGGCGAAGUAGAUAAUGCUGGAAGUAAGGGCUCCUCGAUGUUUGGAUCAGCAUUUGGCGGCGCGCUGGGCGAGACUUCGACCAUCUCACCAGCUCAGCCAUCGGUUUCGAAAGACGCAGAAAUGGAUGCCGUGGAGACUCCAGUAGAAGAGUCUGCCUUACCGACAUCGAAACCUCAGUCUACAGAGCAGCCGCCUAAGUUCUCAUUCGAACCAGCGAAGACUGCUGUCAGGCCUUCCUCGCCUCUCAAGGAGUCCACUACACCUGCAUCUACUCCGGCUCCUGCGAGAUUCGCAUUUUCUCCGACAAAGGCGGCAAAUGGUAGUAGCCUCUUUGGGGUGCCGCCCUCAACAACGCCAAGUACAUCAUCCAAACCUGCUGCUGCUGGUUUUGGCUUUGGAAAAGACAGCUCGCCAUCAACAACGCCAACCACAACAUCCAAACCAGCUGGCUUCAGCUUUGGGGAAGAAAACCCGCCGUCCUUUAGUUUCGCCAAGUUGGGCAAUUCCUCAGCAACUCCUGGUCCAAAGACUCCUUUCACUACGGAGCCUCCUUCAAUUAUCCAAACUCCUGCCACUCCGAAAAUCAAGGAGGAACCAAAGGAGGAGAAUUCAGGUAUCAGUGAUCAUGUCUCCGACCCUCCGCUGCCACCUGAUCCAACAAGUAAGACAUGUUUCCCAUUCGGAGACUCGUCAUCAUCUUCAGAAGCUGACGAAUUAUUACCUCCAGAUACUGCCUCCAAACCGGAACCCGCUCCAAGAAAAGAAUCUCCACCCCAAGCUGAGAGCCAUGACAAAGCUUCUCCUCGUCCGACCCCGUCCGCUGACAUUCCAGAAGGCCCUGCAGAUGACGACAAUGAAUCUGGCUUCUCUUCAGAAGGAGAAGGGUCUGGCCAUACUCGCAGCGAACAAGGAGAGCUCAGUGAAGAAGGCAGCGAGGAAGGUAGUGAGGAAGGGAGUGGAGAAGAGGUCGAGCGAAGUCCAAGUCCCUCUUCGGAUACACAACAAACUCCGGGUUUCACACCCCAAACCUCUUCCGCUGAUGGCCCUAAUAGUAAGUUAUCUGAGAGCAGUAUGUUUACAAAAGUAUCAAUGCCUAGUCAUCAACAUGCCCCAUCACGCCCUCUCUUUGGGGAGGUCGCUGCGGCCGCUCCUUCCCUGCCUCCUCCCUCGAAGCCCAGAGAUCCACAAAGUCCACGGUCUCCAAGCCCAGUACGUGGUGCUCUGCCUGGUAGGAUGUUAAGGCCUGAUGCAUCUCGGUCUGUGAGCGCGCCUGGGGUCGCCUCUCAGCUGCUAGGUUCUUCUCAGAGGUUGGGUCAAAAGCCACCAGGGUCAGUAACCAGCACCUUCUCCCUUACGCGGGAACAGCAGCAGGCCGACGAAAGGCGUCGAAUCGAGGCGAAAGCUCGUCAGGAAGCAGCAGAGACGCAAGCUCUUGUUGAUGAAGAAGAUGAUUCAAUGCAAAAAUAUCUCGCCGAGGACAUUGAGCCAACAAGGACACUUGAUGAGUUUGUAGCGCAUACAAACACGGAAGCCGCGGAUGAGGGAACGAGUAUCCCAGCGCAAGUUGAGGCCCUCUAUCGAGACGUAAACUCUAUGGUUGACACUCUUGGCGUCAACGCGAAGGCGCUGAAGGCCUUUAUUAUGGGCCACACCGAUCAGUACAAAGAAACUGGACGUGGCAAGGAAGACCUUGAAAAUGAAGAAGACUGGGUCCUCGGAGAGAUUGACACUCUCUCUUGGCUUGUCGGCAACGAUAUAACGAAAGAUUUGGAGGAGGGCCGCGUCACGGAUGUCACUCGCAAGAUGGAAAUUUGCAGCGAUUUGCAGAGAGAACUAGCCAAACUUCGAGUUAAGCAUGACGAGCUCCGAAAGUUUGUUCAGGCCCAUCGAGAUUCUGCUGAGAUAGAGGCAGCCAAGUCACAACCUUUAAGUGCAGACCAAGCAUCGCAACAGCACGCGUUGAGAAAGAACUUUACCAAGUUCCAGAAACUCCUUCCUGAAGCCGAGGAAAGCCUUACCAUUCUCAAGGUCAAAACUGUGACGCAGGCAACAUCCAACGGGCGUCCGAGUGGCCAGGCGGCCCCGACUGUGGAAGCGGUUAUGCGCACAAUUGGCAAAAUCACUAGCAUGGCGGAAAAGAAGAGUGGUGAUAUUGAUUUGCUGGAAAGUCAGAUGAGGAAGUUACGGUUCAGUUCUCUAGACCCACCGCGCAGUCGGGAAGGAUCUCCCUUCACGACACCCAAUGCAAAACAAUCAGUACGCGCACCCGGCCCGUAUGGGUUCUCCUAUACGCCAGAAAACGCUUCACGAAAUCUGAACGCCUCUUUCCGAUCCUCUACUGGCUCUUUCUCCAGUCCAGGGCCCAGAAAGAAAUUGAGUGGUUACACCACCAAUGAGAAGUUGUUAUUGAAGGCAAAGCUGGCGAGAAGAAAAGAGGUUUUGGCGGGCUUAAAAGGAGCUCUGGAGAACUCUGGGACGAAUGUACGGUUGAUGGAUGAGUGA